AUAAUUAUAAUGAGUUAUUAGGAAUAUUGGCUCCGAUUGAAAUUAAAAAUUUAAAAGAAGAAGGAGUAAAUAGAAAGCUAGCAGAAUUAAAUAAAAAAGUUGAAAGGUUUUUAAAAAUAUAUGAUAAUGAUGGGAACAGAGAAAUAGACAUUGAAGAAUUAGUAAGAAAAAGAGAAGAACUUAGUGAUGAUUUAAGUGAAAAAGUAUUACAAAAAAAUAAUCCUUUACUCACACCAGAUCCCUCUGAUGCUAGUAUUUUAACUCUAAACAUCGAGGUUGCAAUUAGUGGUGAAGAUAUUCAAAAAAACCAAAUUAAACAACAAAUUAAAGAGUUAUUUACUCAAAACCAAAUUAAACCAGAGGAGUUAGAACCAAAAAAAAAAAUUACUAUUAGUAAGAUACAAUCAAUUAUUAAUUCCAUAAAAGAAUUAGAAAAAGCCAUAAUUAAUCAUCGAGAAAAUAACCAACAAGAAAGUCAAGCAAACAUAAAAAGAACAGUCGAAGAUGAUAAUCAGGCAAAUAAUAAUCGUGGUGAUAAUGGUACUUCUCAUGUAACUAAGGAAGAAGGCGAAAUAACUCCAUCUGCUAGCAGUUUUCGUUUCACAAAUUUAACAAAAAGAAGAAAAAGUGCAACUUAUUCUAAGGAAAAUGAGACAUACAAAUUGCAAAACCAUGAGCAAGACAACCAAAACAUUGCUACUAGCAGCAGCUCUGAAUAUAACUAUGUAAUUCAAAUGUCUCCUAAAUAA